AUGAGAAUUUUCAUCAGACUACUCGGUGCAAACAUUGUCGAUUCUCUCAAAUUCGACGAUGUUGAAAACUCUACCACCAUUGCUGACAUUAAAAAACUUGUCCAUCAAGAAACCAAUUUAACACCAACCGAUAAAGUCAUUUGUUAUUUCAACAAUGUCGAAUUAACAUCCAAUGAUAUCACUUUGUGGGAUUUGUCGGUGAGAAAUAAUCAAACCAUAACGAUGGUGAUUGAACGUGAUACACAUGCAGAAAAGUUUAAAGUGUUGAAACCAAAAGAAUUGGGUGUGUUCAAACACUUUGUGAAUGAAAAAGGAGAACAUCAAAACAUUCUCCUCGCAAACAUCUUCUCCUUCCUCACUGCCAAAGACAUUGCUCUCUCCGUUGAACUUGUUUGUCGUCGUUUCCGUAUUGCCACCAUUGCUCAUCACGACAUUGCUUGGGAACCUUCUGUGAGACAACUCUAUGGACGACACGAUGCUGCUUCCUCUCCAGCCACUCUUGCCUUAUUGAGUAAAGCCACAAGUGUGAGUGGUAGUUCAUCCUCUGCAUCCUCUGAAGAUACCAUGGACAUUUCCGAUGAAAAGGAAUCCAAAGUGGUUCUCCAUUUUAAGGGAAUGGGAAUUGAUUGUAGAAAACUCUACAAACAAACCAUUGUGAUUGAAAAAGUUUGGGAACAUAUCAAAAUGUUAACUCCCAAUCAACAAGAACAACUUUCUGUCUUUUCCAUUGAGAAACAAAAAGAUUUAUUGAAUACUCAAAUUGCUCCAAAUGUGAGACAAGUGAAAAUUAAGAGAAAACCAAAAGAGUUGACUGCUGAAGAUGAAGAAUUCCUCAAACAACACGAUUUGAAAAAACUCAAACUCGAUGUACGUUCUCGAGCUAAAAAGAGUAAAGAAGAAAGAGAGGCUGAUUUGGAGAGAUACUCUCGAUUCAAACGAUUAUCCAAGAGGAAAGAAGAAAUGGAACAUGGAACUUGGCAAGUCGUUCCAGAACAUUUACUCACAUUGAGUUAUGAAGAAUUGAUGAAACACAGUUUUUCAUUCCAUGACUCGUCUCGAAAUGUAUUUGGUUUCUACAAUGACAGAGGUCAAUAUUUCAUUAUGAAAAAUCAAGAAGAAUUGCUCUAUGUUGGAGAAUUGGAAGUGGUUGGAGACAAGUUUAAAAUUGCACACAUUCUUUGUAAUGCUUCAAAUCAUUCUCAGCAACAGAUGAGUGACAAACAAAUUGCUCAAGAAUUCUUCCAUUACAUGUCCCAAUGCACGACCAGUCACAUUGAAGAAAAGAAACUCAUUCAUUUGGCAGUGAAUCCAAAAGGUGUUCAAGGUCUCUUUGCAGAUGCCAUUCUUGACGUUUUGAUUACUUUACGUAAAUUUGAACAAGGUCAAACAGCUGCUUGUGAACGACCACGUAUUGAAGUCAAAGAACCUGAGAAAUCAUUGGAAAAGAAAUCACAACAAAUGGGUCAUCAGAAAGGUCCUCUCCAACACUCAGUUUCAACCAUUGAAUUGACCGAUGAAGAGAAGAAUGAUCCAGAAUUUGAUCGUUUCACAUUUAAUGCCACAGUGAUGGCCUUUAAGGAAGAUGAAGGCAUUGAUGCCUCUAUGGAAGGUCUCGUUGAGACCUAUGUUGCUGCUUUCAUUCAAGCUUUGAAACACGACAGUGUAGGAACUCUAGGUCUUCCUUUGUGUGAACAAUUAUUCUUUAGAAAAUUGAAGAAGGAAGAAGAAUUUAAAAACAAGUAUGGACUUGCAUUGGCUCGAGCUGUCACCAAGUAUUUACAAGAGACUGAAAAGACUCGUGCUGGUUCUUCAGCAGCAGCAGCAGAAGAGGAAGAACUUUCUGUGGAGGAAUCAUUGAGAGCUUCAUCCAAGAAGAAGAAGAAGGUCUUUAGAAAGAUGGUGUUGGUUGUUGAGAAUGAAGAGGAUCGACAAUGUGUAAUUUCUAAUAUUGCUUCCUUUUAUGAAUCUCAUUAA